UCACUGACGGCUCUGAUACUAUAAGGCUAGUGCAAUUUACUAAGACUUUCCCUGUCGAGAAUGUCUUCCCCAGGAAAUGGUGCUUCCUUCCCUUGGGAAGUUUUCUAUCCAAGUCCCAAAAAAUCCUCUCUUGUUUCAUCCCUUGAGCAAAAUGAGGAUGUACAUUUUCCGUCUCGCAAGAGGAUUUGUGUCCCUGCCUCGUUUGUUGCUUCUUCUGAAAGUUUUGAGCAGAAGAAUCUGCCUGCCAUUGAAGUCCUUCCUGAUGAAUGCCUCUUUGAGGUAUUCAGACGUCUUCCCAGUGGCCAAGAGAGAAGCUCCUGUGCUUGUGUUUCCAAGCGCUGGCUUACGGUUUUAAGUAGCAUCCCCAGGGAUGAAACAUUUGCAUCCAAGCCCAAUCUGCCCUCAAAAGCUGAGGAAGGAUCUAUCCAGAAUAAGAUUGGUGAGAUUGCACAAUCUAAUGGUGUAGAAGCUGAGGCUGAAGCUCGAGAUAUUGAAGGAGAGGGAUAUCUUACCAGGUGGCUUGAUGGAAAGAAAGCCACCGAUAUCAGACUUGCUGCUAUUGCCGUUGGAACUGCAAGCCAUGGAGGUUUAGAAAAGUUAUCUAUUCAGGGAAACAACCCUUAUCGUGGUGUGACUGAUGCUGGUCUUAAGGCUAUAGCUCGAGGUUGCCCUUCUCUCAGGGAUCUUUCUUUGUGGAAUGUGUCUUCGAUUGGUGAUGAAGGCUUAUCUGAGAUUGCUCAUGGGUGUCAUCUGUUAGAGAAGCUUGAUCUUUGCCAAUGCCCGGGAAUUUCUGACAAGUCUUUGUUGGAUAUAGCAAAGAACUGCCCUAAUCUGACCUCUCUAACAAUAGAAUCUUGUUCAAACAUUGGGAAUGACUCUCUGCAAGCUGUCGGUCGAUGCUGCCCUAACCUGAAGGUUGUUGCAGUCAAAAACUGUCCACUUGUUGGGGAUCACGGAAUUGCAGGUCUCGUUUCUUCAGCUGGUCACCUUUUAACAAAGGUAAAGCUCCAGGCACUAAACAUCAGCGAAACCUCUCUUGCUGUUAUUGGACAGUAUGGCAUUGCAAUUACUGACCUAGCUCUUAGUGAUCUUCAAAGUGUAAAUGAGGGGGGUUUCUGGGUCAUGGGAAAUGGCCAGGGUUUGCAGAAGCUAAAGUCCCUUACAAUAAGUGCUUGCAGUGGAGUCGGUGAUUUGGUUCUUGAAGCUCUCUGUAAAGGUUGCCCAAAUCUGAAGCUGUUUCGCCUAAAAAAAUGUGCUUUCAUUUCAGAUUAUGGAUUGGUUGCUUUUGCCAAUGCGUCAGUCUCACUUAAGAAUCUUCAGUUAGAGGAAUGCCACAGGAUUACCCAGGCUGGGUUUUUUGGUAUACUUUUGAACUGUGGUAAGAAACUGAAGGCUCUUUCCCUGGUGAACUGCUCUGGCGUGAAAGACUUAAUCUGUGCAUGUUCGUUGGUGGCUUCUUGCAACUCACUACAAUCUUUGGCUAUUCGCGACUGUCCUGGAGUAGGCAAUGUUAGCAUUGCCGUAAUAGGUAGACUGUGUCCUGAACUGACUCAUCUGGAGCUGAAUGGGCUUCUUGAUAUAACUGAUGAGGGGCUCAUCCCUCUUGUUCGGAGCUGUGUAGCUAGUUUGGUGGAGGUUAAUUUGAGCGGAUGUGUCAAUGUUUCGGACAAAUCAGUUUCAGCCAUAGCUAAGCUGCACGGGGGAACCCUGGAGUCUCUAAUCAUAGAUGGUUGCAGACAUGUUACUGAUGCAUCCUUGGUAGAAAUUUCAGACUCUUGCUGGUUGCUUAAUGAACUCGAUGUUUCAAAGUGCGGAAUCACUGAUUCAGGGCUUGAAGCUUUAGCCAGUGCUGCGCAUCUCAGUUUGCAGACCCUCUUACUGUCUGGUUGCCCUUUAGUGUCAGACAAAAGCUUUCCAUUCCUCCUCGAGUUGGGUCAGAACCUUAUGGGAUUGAACAUAAAACACUGCAGCGGAAUGAGCUCGAAUACUGUCAAUGUGCUUGUAGAGCAACUCUGGAGGUGUGAAGUCCUUUUCUAACCAGGUUGUGACUGAGAACCUGUGCGGUGUUUACAAGUUGGUUGCUGUGAAAAUGUUGGUCUGGUGAAGUUUUCUUCUGUUAGCUGCAACAUGCUGUUUUUGGGUCUUGUUCAGUUCCAGUAUCCUGGCUACUUUUUCCAUUGAAUUUGGCUGGUGCUUUGUUUCUUUGCAGCUUCUACAAUGAAGAUGUUAUCAGGAAUUUUGGCUCUCUUUUAUGGGAAGUCCUAUUCUUCCAGUCAUACUUCUCUGAGUAAACAAAUGUUGGGUUUUUGGAUGGGAGAAACUCAUGUAUGGUCCUAUCCUAGCUCCUUUUUCAGUAGUUUUUAGCUUCUAGCGUUGUGUCGAUGAGCAAAUCUUGCUACAAGAGAAGCUUUUUUUUUCCCCAAGUCUUUUAUGUUCCUGUUUAGUUUUAAGUUUUUCCAUGACUUCCAUGAUGUUCAAUGUUAGUGUUUCUGCUUGUGACGGUUUGGUCAUGUCCGGUCCAUCAGUUGUCUUUUAAGGUUGCUUCAGUCAGUUGAGCAGUUUAGUGCCUUGUGUUCGUGAGCUUUGGCUGUCUUUUUCAACCAAGCUCUAGUUUUGCAGGCAUAUCUUGUUCAUGAACUGUCCCAUGCAUGAUGCAACUUAUCUAUUUUGUGUCCUUUAUUAUAAUGAAAUAUCAAUGACAAAGUGUCAAA